UAUACUUGUAAAAGACUCUCCAUCCUUAUCUCUCUCCUCUCAUCAACAAGAAGAGAAGGAAAUAAAGUAAACCAAAAACAAAUAAAAAUGCCUUGUUCACUUCAGCUUCAAAGGAUCAACCCCACAACCACCGGAAACUUCCACAAACAACCUCAAGCAACAUGGAUUAUCCCCGUACCACCAUUCACCAUCCCUAACAACCUCUUACAUUACCACACCCAGCCGGUUGGCCCCACUCAGUGCUGCUCCGCCGUAGUCCAGACCAUCUCCGCCCCAAUAGACGCCGUGUGGUCCCUUGUCCGCCGUUUCGACAACCCACAAGCAUACAAACACUUCCUCAAGAGCUGCCACGUCAUCCUUGGGAACGGAGAAGUCGGAGCAAUAAGGGAGGUACGCGUAAUAUCUGGCCUCCCAGCUGCUUCUAGCACGGAGAGGCUGGAAAUAAUAGAUGAUGAGAGACACGUCAUCAGCUUCAGCGUUAUUGGCGGUGAUCAUAGGUUAACUAAUUACAGGUCAGUUACGACGCUGCACACGUCAGAUGAUGAUGGAACGGUUGUGGUGGAGUCCUAUGUAGUUGAUAUUCCACAAGGGAAUACCAAGGAAGAAACGUGUGUAUUUGUGGAUACAAUUGUGCGUUGUAAUUUGCAAUCACUAGCACAGAUCGUUGAGAACAACAUGCCUACAAGUACAACCAACAGUUAAUCAUUGUGAUUUUUGUUAAUUAGAUUAUUUUGUAUAUUUCUUUUAGUCCCCCUGAUUCCUUUUUAGUGUUUUUUUCUUUUCUUUUGGGUGAUAGAUCGAUGAACUUUUUGCUUAGGAGGUUAUGUAACCUUAGGUUGCCUCCUGAGUUCAUAGGUUUGGUGCUUUUGUAGCUAGUAUGCACUCUUGUAGCGAUGAAAAUUUCCAAUUUCAGUGAAUGUAACUGUGCUUAAGUUUCUUCGUUCACAA